AUGAUCCUCAGCCAGCUGAGUCUGCUCAGUGGGGUCUGGCUGCCCACAGGCUCAGGGAGGCCUGGACGGUGGGUACCCCCACCUCAGCCCCGGGCUGCUGCCAGUCAGAUCCAGGCUCCAGGUCAAGGGUCCCCAGCUUUCCCAGUGCCAUCCUUUUCCUCUGUCCUUGGCAGCUGGAAGGUCUUCUUGGGCCUCCCGAAAACUGGGCAUCUGAGGAUAGGCGGGCUGCAGCAUGAGCAGGACGUGGGUGCCACUGUAUCUCUGCCACUAGACCCAUAAGGAGUGGCCUAGGAAAUGUGCAAAGCUGUGCCCUUCACUCAAAUGCUCUCCCUGCUAGGUUGCAUGGCUGUCCACCUCUGCAAACUUCUCUACUUUGGCCACGGCUCCUCCUUCUACAUCCCCAGCUCAGACCGUGAGCAGCUCAUCCUCUGCAAGAGCUGUGUGCCCACUUGCAAGCAUUGGGCAACUGUGGUCCUCUGGUGUCGGGCAGUCAGCCUAGCCUCCCGUCAGUGGGUGAAGAUGUCCAUUGUGCUGAUUGAGGGGUGUCAGUGCAGCCCAAAGGCAUGA